GAAAAACUAUUAGGCAACGGCAAAACCAGAACAUUUCUUACAAAAUCAACAGAGAAAGAAAAUUGUUUCUCUGUUUUGUCUCAAAUGGCUGAGCGAACUACCGAUUUGGUCGUAGAAGUAGAACAACAUCCGAGUUCUUCUGGCAGAACUAUUUCCAGAUCAGGCGAGACUUCCACUCCAGAACCUCGGAGACUGAUACAGUUGGUAGCCCCAGCGCCGGAGAAAAAACUGAAUCUUUUUGCCUUACGACUGGCUGUUCUUGAGAAGAUUGCUACACGGUUGGGAUCUUUAGGAUUCGUGUGGGCUACAGUUGUCCUUCUUGGUGGAUUCGUUGGAAGUUUGGAGACAUCAGAUUUCUGGUUUGUUACUGUGAUUCUUGUUGUCGAAGGAUCUCGGACUUUCAGCAGAAGCCAUGAGCUUGAACUGCCACAUUCGUCUAAAUACACAGUCUCUCGAAUCAACUUGAGCAGCGUCUUCUAUUGGCUCCAGAUUGCUUCUGCUUUCGCCAGCAUUGUUACCUCCAUGUUCAAGCUCAUCAAGCAAGACUAUAGAAGCAACGACUUGAAACCCACCAAUUUUUACUCUGCUUUGACUCUCUUCUACUCUAUAUCGCUUGCCGCGCCUCUUAUCUUUCUUGUCGAGAAAGCUUACUGGGAAUGGAUGAUCAACGUUUUCAAUAUUUUUGAAAAAGUGAGUCAAGAAUGCGGUCUCGACAGACUUGGGAAAAGAUUCUUCUACGACGCCUACUCCAGAUGUCUCCAUGGGAACAUCUUCGACGGCUUAAAGAUUGGUAUGGCCAUUUUCGCCAUGGAGAUUUUGGUGUCGAAUUCUCCUGAUGAGCAACUCACUGGAGCAAACAUUCUCUCUAGAUUCUCGACCAACCAAGACUAUUCUGUUGAUACUCUGCAGAAGAUUGGAACGAAUCUCGAGAUCGUAGAGCGGUUACUGGAGAUGUUGAAUUGGAGAAACCAGAAUCAACAAGUUGUGAGAAGGUCAGCUGCUGAGAUUCUCUCAAGAUUAGCUAGUAAGAAGCAGAAUUCUCUGAGAGUUGCGGGGAUCCCUGGAGCGAUUGAGUCCAUAUAUUCUCUUUUACAGACCACAGGAGAUUCAGGUCAAGCCAUGGACGAUCAAUCAAAUUUAUGGACGUUGAUCAGUCUUGGACUGCUGAUUCUGAAAAGGCUAGCUCGAGAUCAUGAUAACUGUGGCAAGAUUGGGAAAACAAAAGGGUUACUUUCAAAGAUCAUUGACUUCACUUAUGCUGAUAAGAUGCUGUUAGAGGAAUCCGUUGCGAGACCUAUUCAGAUCAUGCUUGUGAAACGGUCUUUGAAGCUGUUAAAGAACCUGGUGACCACGACUGGUGCAACGGGGAAGAACUUGAGGAGAGAUAUAUCUGCCAAUGUCUUCACAGUGAGCAACAUUAGGGAAACAUUACACCAUGGGAAGAGUCAACCUGAUUUGCAGAAGCUCGGUGCAGAGAUCUUGACUUCCCUUGCAUUUGACGAAGGUGCAGCCGAGAAAAUUGGGGGCACAGGCGGGGUUUUGAAGGCACUUCUCUGCAUAUUCUUGAACAAUGAGCUCCCAGUGGGUAAAAGUGGUGUGAGAGUCUCUGCUGGUGAAUCUAUAGCUAUGCUAGCUCAAGGAAGUAAAAGCAAUUGCCAACGGAUCUUGAGAUCAAAUGUUCUUCAGAGACUCGUUGAGGCGUUGGACAACCCAUUGAUUCGGUUGAAUGCAGCGAGAAUCUUGCGGAAUCUCUGCGCAUAUACAGCUCCUGAUCAGUUCAAUGAAAAGCUGAAGGAAGUUAUUAAAUCUGCAGGAGCAACAGUUCUUAUGGCAAUCAAGUAUGAAGAGGGAAAACCUCAAGAAGUUAUGUUGGGAUUAGCACCGCAUAUUCUGAAGUUAAUGAGUACUCCUGAAGAAUUGAGAGGGAUAUUCGAGGAAGCGGGAGUAACCGAGGAAGAACUAGCCAAGGCAUUAACCAAUAUUCUCAAGAAAUAUGAACAGCCAGUUCCAAAGGUUCCAAGAAUCAGGAGGUUUGCAAUAGAGCUAACCAUUGCAAUGAUGAAAGCUAAUCCUGAGACGGUCAAGACUUUCCAAAACCUUGAAAUGAAGAAUGAAUUAGAGACCGUCUUUGAGACCGCGGCUGAGCUUGAGAACUUUGAUAUAUUCUCUGGCACGGUUGGUUUGGCAAGUCAUGGCUCAACAAUAAAUGAACUCAUUGAAGAAGCAAUGCUGUUGUUGAGUUAGACUAAGAAAUCACAGGCAACAAAUUAUAAGGUCAUUGACUUUGUCUCAAACCCAAAUUGUCUCUAAUUCAUUUUAUUUGUCAUCAAAGUGUCUUUAACAAAAUUUUCAAAUGGUCUAUUUUUUUA